AGUCCAGCAGCAGGCAGCAGGUGGCUAUCAGCACAUGCGCUUUGCGUCAACAACAUUGAUUCUCCAUCGCGCAUCACGCAACAUGUCGACCUCCUCCAUCCCCUACACGGUCCCUCUGCCGGGAGGAAUCCCAGACAAGUACCGCCCGCACACGGAGCAGACGACCACCAUCCUCGUGCCCAAGGCCAACACGGCAUUCCUCAACCCCGUUCAAGAGUACAACCGUGACCUGAGCGUGUCGGUCAUCCGGGCUUGGAACGACCAGCGCAAGGAGGAGUUGGAGGCCAGAUGGCGCGCCAACGCCGUCAAGAAGGAGGCCAAGGGCAAGGGCAAGACCAGGGGCAAGGCCAACGGUGCGGAGAAGCCUGCCGAGGAGGAGAAGCCCGCCACGGAGGAGAGCGCUGGUGCUGAGGGCUCGUCGUCGACCGAGCCGAAAAAGGAAUUUGUCCCAAGCAAGAUCACGAUCCUCGAGGCGCUGUCCGCAACCGGUCUUCGCUCAAUCCGGUACGCCAAGGAGAUCCCUGAUGUCAAGGUGGUGCUCGCAAACGACCUGUCGCCGUCGGCGUGCGAGGCCAUGCGUCAAAACGUCGCGCUGAACGGCGUUGGACCGGUUGAGGAAGGAGCCGAGAAGCCCGCUGAGGCCGUCGACCUCGGGCGCCGCGAAGGCUGCACCGGCUACGUCCACGUCAAUGAGGGAGACGCCUGCGCGCUCAUGUACGGCCACCGCACACCACGGGAACGGGUCGACGUCGUUGACCUCGACCCGUACGGCACUGCCGCUCCAUUCAUCGACGCUGCCCUCGGCUGCAUCGCCGACGGCGGCUUGCUCGCCGUUACGUGCACCGACCUCGCUGUCCUCGCUGGCUCCAGCUACCCCGAGAAGUGCUUCUCAAACUACGGUGGUGUUUGCGCCAAGGCCGAGUACUCGCACGAGGUCGCUCUCCGCCUUGUUCUGAACUCGCUCGCGCAGGCGGCCGCCCGCUACGGCCGCACCAUCACCCCUCUCAUCUCUCUCUCGAUCGACUUUUACGUCCGCCUGUUCGUCCGUGUCGACUCCAAGCCCGUCGAGGUCAAGCGGUUGGCUAGCCAGACCGGCAUCGUCUACAUUUGCAACUUUUGCGAAACCCCUGUCACCCAGCCGUUCGGCAAGGUUCUUGAGAAGCCCAGCAAGAACGGUGACUUCACCAACACCGUGUACCGUUCAGCUGGCGGCCCGAAGGCGUCAGCGGACUGCGAGGAGUGUGGCUCGCCUCAGCAUGUCGCCGGCCCGAUGUGGCUCGGCCCGAUCCAGGACCCCACCUUUGUCUCGCGCGUCCUCAAGAGCAUCGAGGCCGACAAGGCCCACUACGGCACCUACCCCCGCAUGAACGGCAUGCUUACGAUGGCCCACGACGAGCUGCCAGACCCAUUCUACUUUACCUCGAACAAGAUCCACGGUUUCGCGCACACGAGCGCUGGACCAACAAAACAGGUCGUGUCGGCGCUCCUCAACGCAGGGUACAAGGUGUCCCGCUCUCAUGCCGCUCCUGGAUCCGUCAAGACGGACGCGCCGCGCGCGUUUGUCUGUGACAUUGUCCGCGAGCACGUCAAGACGCACCCUGUCCGCAUGGACAAGAUCUCGGAGAAGUCGCCUGCCCGUGCCUUUGUGUCCAAGGCCAUGACACACGAGGUCGACCUCAAGAUCCACCCCGAGGCGAAGAACUACGACAAGCAGGACAAGGUUGUCUACUACCAGCUCAACCCGCUGCCCAACUGGGGUCCGGGUUCGAGGGCCCGCAGCGUGCGCAAAGACCAGCCAGAACAGCAGGGCAAGCGAAAGGCCGAGGACAGCGCCGAGGGAGCCGAGAAGAAGGCCAAGGUUGCCGAGGUCGUCGAGGACGACGAGGAGGCGGCGAUGAACGCAUAGACACAUCUGUAGGAUUACAACAUUAUCAACGUGAUUUACCCUGGAACAACUACUAUCUCCUUAUGCCCGAGAUAUCGAGUGCAAACGCGUCGGACCAGGCGCUGCGAGCUGCGUACGGCGGCGCGAUCGGUAGCCGGCGGGGGACAUACUCUAGCUCGACAACGUCCUUGUUGCCGUCAUCGACCGCUCCAGGCUUCACGCCGGCCGCGGUGAGGCUACUGCUGGGCGACACAAAUGUCGUCCCGAGCAUGAGGUAGGGGAGGUCCGGUUCGUCGUCGUCGUCAUAGUGGGAUAUCCGCUUCUCGCCUUCAGGGUCCUCGGACGGCAUGCGGACGAGGAAGGACACUGCAAUGUCGUCUGGUGCCUUCUUGGUCGGGGCUGCGACAACGGCAAGCGGCUGCGUGGUUAGGUCGGAACGGACGUUGUGUAGCAGUGAUAAGGAACAUUGGCGUUAGAGGACUCGCACGACAGACGUCGGCAUAAGCCCGCGCCCUGUUGGUUGCCGAGCACCAAACACCGGCGCCGGCGAGCGGAUCGACGCCACAGACAUCUCGCAGGUGGCACUGUCGUCCGACCGGGUGCCACCGACCUCCGCCCGCCCUGCGGCACCACGCGCACGCCA